AUGACUACAUCUACAGGCGAGCUCCAGAAGACGUACGAGCAGCAGGGCUUCCUCUCAGGCCUGCCCGUGUUGACUGACGGCGAGCUGAGGAAAGCCACGCUUGCUUUUACCCAACUGGAGAAAGAAUUCGGUGAAGAAUACGCCCAGUACAGCCUGCACAAUGUUCACUUUCAGUAUCCUUGGGUCAUGGGCCUGACCAAACACCCUCGCAUCUUGCAAACACUGCAAGCCAUCUUAGGCCCUGACAUUAUCCUUCUCGACUCGCGUUUCAUCUGCAAAUACCCAACAACACCUGCAACUGGUACUCGGCUUCCAUAUGUGGCUUGGCAUCAGGAUAUGAGGUAUUGGGGUAUUGCCGGUGGGCCUGUUGCAUCUGUGUGGCUGGCUCUAGAUGACUCGCUGAAAGAGAACGGCGCCCUUCAGGUUCUUCCAGGUAGCCAUUGUUCUGGCAUGUACCCCCAUAGACAAGCCAUCCGGCCGGGAAACAUGCUGACGGUCAACCAGGAGAUCCCAGAGGAGCUUCUCCAAAUUGACCGAGCAGUGCUUUGUCCUCUUUUGGCUGGACAGAUGUCUAUCCACGACAGCCUUCUCGUUCAUGCCAGCGAUGCCAACACAUCCCAGAAGAGGCGUUGUGGCUUUGUGAUUCGAUAUGUUCCCACCUGUGCAUAUCCAACGGAGGAUACUGAGCGUCCUCGGAAAUUCCACGCGACAAUGUUGGUUUGUGGAACGGACCAAUUCAAACACUUCUCAAGACAGUAA